CAACAAGCGAAAGGGAGAGUACGGGACGUGACGAUCUGAUUCGGUCGUAUUCUGUUAUCAUGUUAUUGAUCCCUUGAUGUUAUCGAGUAAUCAAUAGAACUUCCUUUGAACCCCAUCGGAUCAGGUCACGAGCUGACUGAAAGUAUGUCGACCGACUCCACGGGGGCCCUUUCCUGGUCAACCAUUCACUUGAGGUAAUAUGGUUGGGGUGUUUUACAAACAACAUGCUCAUAAAUCACAUUUGCUGGAUCACCGCUGGAAUGUAAGAACCCGCUCUUGAACGGACCUGGUCCUGGUCUGACAUUCUCACGCAGAAAGCAAGAGCAGAGAAAUUCUACGUACAAGAGUAGAAACGGCGCUCUAAAAUAUCCACUUAGAUUUAACCUGCAGGUAUUUUCUUUCACUGUAGCUUAUGAUGUCAAUGAGUUUCCGUGAUUCCUGUACAAAUUAACAUUAAGCGUUACAUAUGCCUAGCGCUUCACGCCACGGACUACAUUGAGUAGGUUAUUGGGACAAUGGUUUCAAUCCACGAUAUCAUUUUUAACAAAUGACAUGACACCAAUCCUUGACCCCGCCUAUCAAUAAGACCGUCCUUCUCUCUCGUGUCUCUUGGCAGUUAAACAACACUCGUCAAAUUAGAGGACUUCAACAGGCUGGCCAAAACACUGCAGAGAUGGCACAGCCUUCCUGUAACGAGACUUUUGUCUAACAUGGGAACGCCGAAUUUUUUGUUUUUAAGUCAAGGAAUAACAUGUGUUUUACAUUUGGUUGAAGGUUUAAUAUCUUGGUACAAAUAUGAGUUACGGAUUGAGACAUAACUAAGCAUUAAUCAUCAACCAGGUUUGCCAUGAUCAGGCCAUCUCAGCUACCGGUCACCAUGACGAGCAAGCCAGCCCAGGGCUUCAUGGACUCUGCGUCCCCCAGUCAGAUGCUUGGGGUCGAGGGGGCGCUGGGGCCCGCGGCUCCUCUGGGACGCCACAUGCCGGGGGCUCUCCCCAGGUACCCGCACAGCGAGGCCUUGCAGUACGCUGGGCCCUAUUAUUCAUACCGCCUCUGCGGACAGGAGGGGGGCGGGGGAGACCCUCCGCCCGCGUGGAGCCCCUCGUUGGCCUACCUGGGGAGCAACAGCGGGAGUCCUGUGAUGCCUCCGGCCAUUGCAGAGGGCUCAAUUAAGAGCCCGAUCGUUUACCGGCAAGAGAAGGUGUUGCCCCCAGCGAGCUCUGGUGGCUCUCCUCUGCCUGUGGCGCAGGAGCUUGGAGCUAAACGGAGAUACGCAGGGUAUUACCCCGACAGGGACCAGGGCAAAUGUAGGAGCCCUAGCGUGGUCACACCUGUUGUUGUGAGGCGUCAGUCGUUAACAGGCGCUAACCUCUGCUCGCAGGCUGACAGCCCGGUGGGAUUGGCCAUUCCCAAACCGCUGUACGGCCACAACUCCUGUUGCUCCGACUCGCGAUGCACGGCGGGGCACAGCUACAGCGUGGAGCAGGGGCUUCACAGGAUGCCCCCGAACGUUUACGAGGACGAGUGGCUGAUUGGGUACGCUCCGUCGAGGAAGGACUUGGAGAUGCUGCUGGACCAGAGAGGCUUGCAUGCGGAGCCCAGUGCAGAGGUAUCUCCUGGGAAAGAGGUGGCAGCUGAAGAGUACUGUGGUAUGGACAUGCACCUAAACCGGAGAGUGCCAACCUAUGGGGAGGCUGGCCACAGCGGCUAUGCAUGCAGUCCUACAAACGGCACGACAUUUAUUGGCAUCCCCCCGGAGCCAUGCCAGCGGCUACAGUUCUCCUCUAGAGAGUAUCCCGGUUUACCUCCUUCCCAUUCACACAUGUAUGAUCCGGCAGCACUCGCUCGGUACAGGAUUCCUCCCAAAGAGUAUCCCCAUGCUCCGAGGUAUGUGCAGGUUCCGCAGCGGUCAAGGGUGUACUAUACUCAGGAACACAUGGAGGCAGAGAAGGCCUCUGUCCGCGCAGACGUGAGGGAGAAAUACAGCGACAGGACUCCCUCACUGUCUCCUGGGAGACGAGACGCCUGCCCAAGCUCGCCUGCCCACUGUUCCCUCCAACAACACAUUCCGCCUGUCUUCGCCAACCCUCCUAUGCACUGCCACAUGCACCUACCCAGGCACCACUUCCCACCCAGGAACUUUGACCACCCUGCCUACCAUCCUUACCAGUUGCAUUUAAACGGUGGGCACCCAAAAGCCGCGCCCAUGAGGCCUCCCUCACAUCCCCUUCCCUCUAACCUAGACAAUCCACUAGACUACUCCUUACAUAGGGGGCAGCCAGGGUCAUCUCCACGGCAGCCAGGGUCAUCUCCAAGGCAGCCAGGGUCAUCUCCAAGGCAGCCAGGGUCAUCUCCAAGGCAGUUUCCAGUGUCUCAUAGUCUUUAUAGCAUAGUGCCACACACACCUCUUAGACCUGAACAUAGGAGUCCAAACCAUGUGGCCAGUGUGAAAACGCCCCUAGGUCACUACAUGGAGGGCUCGCACUUUUCUUCAGAUGUUAAUGAGAAAUAUGGUGCUUCUGACAAGCACCCCUCUGAUUUUUCAGGCCAAAAGGUGCAUUACAGGGACUUGUUGGCACAACCAGACAUUAGAAGACUGCUCUCUACUAGGGAUAAGAUAUCCAGCGAUGAUGAGGAUGUGUAUGAGGUUGAAGUGACGACCAAAAAGCGAAAGGUGGAGAUGGACCACGAGGCGGCAGCUUUUCCCCAGGUACCUGCAUCUCCACCAAUGCCAGUCAUCAAUCAGGUGUUUAGCUUGGCUCCUUACAAACUCUACCUUGAGGCUGCUGGUGUGCUACCUCCAGUCAAAAGACAACCUCCUGGUAAACUCAAACAGGAUCCAGAGAUAUCGGAAGGUAGUGACUUGCAUGAUUCUGUACGUGGUACCAAAGAGAUAACUGAGACGAUGACUAUAAAAAAUGAGAAUAAAAAAAUGGACCUUCCUAACAAAGAGGAAACCGAAGAGAAUCAUUUUUGCGACAGAACAUUUGUCAAGAAUAAAGCGUCUAAUGUUGCGUCAUGUACAACAGCAGUUAAGUUUCCUCUGAAAACAGAUUUGGAGGCAGAUAACCCAUCUCUAGAGGUCACUGUGCCAAAGUAUAAAGUCGAGGUGACCUCAGAGCACGGUGCAGAGACCACUCCAUCUUCCCAUAAAAGUACCAAAGAUGCCACACUCGAGGCCAAACCUGCUGUGAAACCCUCACCGCCACUAGUUACCCUCACCCCCAAACUGCUGCCUUUGCCCCCAAAGAACCCUGUCCGAGGCAACCUCCAGAACAUCCCUCCUCAGUGCCUUAAACUCACUUCCUUCAACAUUAUCCUUCCUGAGGCUCUGCGGACGAAUGUCAGACUGGCCCCACAUGCCCCGAACCCCCUCCCAGCCGCCCCUCACUCCCCUGCUCUGCGGACAUCGGUUAGACCGGCCCCACAUGCCCCGAACCCCCUCCCAGCCGCCCCCCACUCCCCUGCUCUGCGGACAUCGGUUAGACCGGCCCCACAUGCCCCGAACCCCCUCCCAGCCGCCCCCCACUCCCCUGCUCUGCGGACAUCGGUUAGACCGGCCCCACAUCCCCCGAACCCCCUCCCAGCUGCCCCCCACUCCCCUGCCGAACCCACGCCAGACGGGUCCAUUGCAAGACAAGCCCGUCACCAGUUCAUGGAGAUGCACCAGUCCCUCUGUAAGCUCAUCUACACCUUCACUACCCAGACUCCACCUCAGGAGCUCCAGGGGUGGUUGUCCAAGAUGGAGUUGGUCAAAACCCUGUACCCUCCUGACAAGCACCAGAAAGUGUCCUGCCUGGUGGGGGUCAAGGCCAGGGAGGUGUGGGAGCGGGCCGGCGAGAGGUCACUGGCGCUCCAGAAGGUUCUGAGCAAGCUGAAGGGGUACCAUGCGAGCGGGGGAUGCCCCUUCCCGCACGUGAUGCGGGCCGGGGGCGUCUUCAUCCCCAUGCUGGUGGUGAGGGAGGGCCUGUUCCCUCAGGUGCAGGGCACCUUCAUCGACCAGGUGCUGCAGGAACACCGGGUCGAGCUUAGGCCCACUACUUUGUCCGAGGAGAAGUACCUGACCCAGCUGCAGAAACGGGCCUGCUCAUCCAAGCUGCGCAGGCUACUAUCGUUCCGACACCUGCCUGAUAUUUACGCCGACGUGCUGAACCUGUUCUACUACACCUGCGUCUGUAAGGUCCUAGAUUCCACAUCCCAGGGUGCUGCCAAAAAGACACCUCAGAUGUAGCACCUGAUGAGCCAAUCAAGGCGGAACUGGAGGAUCUUCCAGAGGGAACAGACACCUUAGGGAACCCCCCCCACUCCUGCGGUCCCCACCAGUUGACCCCCGAGGGGCACUGUUUCACGGUGAAGCAGGAACCUGAGGAAAGGGAUAUCGA